UGGCAAAUACUAUAAAUUUAUAGUAUUUGCUAUUGGUAUGGUCAUACUGAUCGCAAGACAAACCGGAAAGCAGGCUUCGCUGCCCCUCCCCCCCCCCGACACGUCCUACCGCAACGCAGUUAUCGUACGCGGCGCGCGCUCAAAUUUGUCAGCGUGUUCGCCAGGGUAUCGUCACGCGGUAAACGGUUAUUGUACAUUUGUACGCCUGUACGGUCGUCGUUCGUCGGUUCUCGUCCGGUCCCGCGGCAGUUGUGCGUCCGAUCGCGUUCGCCCGAUCGUUAUUAAUCGAAUAGCUGUUACCUACGUGUAUUUAUAAUACAAUUACACUCUCUCGACGUUAUGUCUGUCAAGGCGAGAAAAGAAAACGAACUUCGAAGCAGACCCUUCGGAGGAGGAGGAUGGUACGGUUACAACAAUCGCGACGAUGUCGAAUUGACUGUUCGCAUUCUGAUUACCGGUGGGGAAGUUGCAAAUAUUAUUGGCAAAGGAGGCGAAACUGUAAAAAAUAUAAGAAGUCUGUCUGGUGCUAAAGUUAAAAUCACUAAUGGUUCAUUACCAGAACGUAUUGUUCUCAUUACUGGGAAUAGAAUUACAAUUUAUAAAGCUACUGAACUUAUUUGUCAUAAAGUUGAAGAAUUUUUCGAGAGAUUACAUGGUGACUGGAAUGGCCCAAAAUCACCUUUGACACUUAAGCUAAUUAUGCCAGCAUCUAAAUGUGGUUUUAUAAUUGGUAAAAGUGGAAAUAAAAUAAAAGAAAUUAGAGAAUCAAGUGGAGCUACCAUAUCAGUAGGAUUGGAUUUGUUACCUUAUUCAACUGAACGUAUAAUUUCAAUUACUGGUAGUACAGGCACAGUAUCUCAUUGUGUUUAUCUAGUCUGCAACGUAAUAUUAAAUUCACCGUGUUCUGAUGCAUCUAUCCCUUAUGAUCCUUGUAAUGAAAUUUCAGGGUUUGCUUCUUGUACAAUUUUUAAAGAUUAUGGAAGAGAAUGCAGUAUUCCUUUGAACAAUCUUGCAGCUCUUGGGUUAGGAACUAAAUCAACUGCAAAUAUUAAACCAGCUGAUUUGGCUGCAUUAGCUGGAAGUCAGUUAAGAAAAAGUAAUCGUCAAAACCAAAAUGUUAGUAGAGAACAUAAUAAUCAAAAAACCAAAUCAAAUACUGAGAAAAUAUCAAUGACUGUACCUAAUGAUUUAAUUGGGUGUGUUAUUGGUAAAAAAGGAAGUAAAAUCGCAGAAAUUCGACAAAUAAGUGGCGCUUCUAUAUAUAUAUUUAAAUCUGAAGGAUCUAAUGAAAAUGUAGACCGUCGUAUAACUAUUGCAGGAAACAAAGAAUCUAUUGCAGUUGCCAAGUACUUAAUUGAAAUGAGUGUACAACUGCAAAAAGCCAAUCUUGGGGAGGAAAAAUUAUCUUAUAGUCCUGACAAUGGUUCCAGCUCAAAUUCAUCUACUCCAACUGUGGUUGAACUAUUUGCCAAGCCUCAUCCUAUUACUACCAUAUCCAGUUUAUAUGCUUAUAUAGCUUUAACUAGUGAUGCCAAACAAUCCCCUCCAAUACAGACCACAGGUGUCCAUCGCCCGAAAAGUUCUUUAAAAAGAAAGCGCAGUCCUUCACGUGAAAGAACUAAUGCAGUAAGAACAAAAUGGGAACAUUACUGAAUGAUAAUUGAUUCCAAAUCCACUAAUAAUUGCUAUUCAUAUUCAUUUUGAUUUCUUUAUUUUUAAGUAGUUUUUUCAUUAACAUUUUUAAAAAUAACUUAAAAUUUUUGAGUGAAGAAAAUUCUAAGAAGCCAUUUUAUUAUAAUAUAAAAUAAUUGAUUUUGUUUAUAGGGUACUCAAAACAAAA